ACCUUACUGUUUUACAAAAUUUAGGAUAUUGUCAUAAGGAUUUUCAUAGUGGAAAUAUAUUGCAAUCUGAACAAGAUUCUUAUGUUUCAGAUUUUGGAUUAACAGGACCAGCAGAUAAGCAAAAUUCGAAUGACAAAAUAUAUGGAGUAUUGCCAUAUAUCGCUCCAGAAAUCUUGAAUGGAGAACCUUAUACCUUAGCUUCUGACAUCUACAGUUUUGGU